CACGGUGUCAAAGAUAAUAAUGGCUCCUCCUGAGUUUUCUUUCAUCUGCAGUGCUGUUUGAAAAAAUUUGAUGUAACAAAUAUACGACUGAAAUGUGGCGUUUUGUGUAAAAAAGGGAAAGUGUAGGUGAUUUAGCAUCGAUUGGUGAAUCUAUAUUGGGAUUUAGUUGGCAGUGUGCCUGUGAAAAAAACAAUGGAAAUGUGGCAGUGAAUUUUUCACACGCGAUAGAGACAAAAUUUUCAAUAUAUCUCCACAUAAAGUCACGCCAUGGAGGUGUAAAGGUGCUGUGUCGCAGGAUAGCUUCAUAAUUGCUUUUGGAUCAAGGAAAUAGCCUUCCGGAGGACUCAAUGGCGAGGAUGUGGAAGCUGGGAAGCUUUAUAGUCGGCCUGCAAUUGAGCAUUUGUGCAGCAAUGCCCAUUUCCAAUGGAGACCCCGUGCGCUCAGGCUCUUGGAGCGCAGGAACUACAGUGCUUUUUGCUGUGCUGAGUUUUAUGGGAAUUGGAACUCUUCUUGGCGCCUGUUUGUGUUGUCGUCGCAGAAAGCGUGGCUUUGAGCUUGACCAUGUAAAGGAAAAUAAUCAUAAGGAAUUCAAAAAUGAAGCACCGGGAAGUAUUGAAACUGCACGCACAGAGUAUCCAAUUUUUGGAGCACUCUCACCAAAUCGUGGUGAUCAGGAGGAGGCGAGACCGACAGCAAAUCAUGUUGAUACUGUACAAUCAACCAACAUUUGCACCACCAAUGGUUCACAGUCACCUCCACCACUGAUUGUGAAUGUGAAUGAAGUGCAGACGAAUCAUAUUUAUUCAGCACCAAUUAAUCAAGUCUUUGACAACAACAAUGGCCCUAUAUCGCCGGCUGACAUGGAGAAUAUUGAGAACAACAACGCCGGAGAUUACAUAGCCAAUCGAAAUGAGAUUGGUGUGCUUGUUGAGCCAUCUAUUAAUGCCAUUUAUCGGAAUAUUGUUAACUCAGCCCCAACCCAUGAAGAUGCCAUAGUACAUGAAUCGUGUGUUGUACUUGAUAUUGAGGAGGUGUCUGGUGUGCCAAAUACACAGUUCGAUAGUGAUUCAAUGUUGCCAGUUAUAAGUACAAAGAGUCAAUCGUUUUUGGAGAAUCUCGACCUGAGGACGGAGUUUAGUGAUGUGGAUGAUACGAAGGCGUCCAUAGAUGAUAUUGAGGAGUGCGAUGCAAAGUCAAUUGACAGUGUGGAGAGUGUUGCAUCUGGGAAUAGUGAAAUUGAGGAGGCACUCAUGGCACUGCAGAAUGCUAUUGCAGAUGAAGAUACCUGCGAUGCGAAUGACGAGGAGGAGGAAGAUAGCAUGGAGGCCACAUAUGAAGAUGUGUUGAAGAAUCUUAUGGUGGAGAAUGUGGAGAGAAAUGGCGAAUGCAAGUACCAUGCUGAUAUUGAUGAGAUUGAGGCAGUAGCGACAAAACUAGUCGAUACAGUGUUAGAUGAGAGUGAAAAAAUCAUCAAUAUGAAAAUGCAAGAGACGUUCGAUUUAUUAGAGAAAUCGUCGAACUCCCUCGAGGAAACAUUCUUCACGGAUAUUCAGAGCAAUAAACUCUUCCAUAGUACACCGAAUGUCGCUAACAAAGUGACUCAUAUCGAUUCAGUAGUUAAUCGGCGAGUACGACUCGAUGUGCUGCUUGAUGGUGAAAUUUCCAGUCCAGAAAUAAAUCCGGAGGCAACAUUUGUCAAGCCGUCGGAUGGAACAUUUACAUACGAGAGUGAAGCAAAUGGUCCCACGAUAGUGAUUGAAAAGGAGAAGGAUGAUAUUAUAUCGGUGGAUCUCACGACAAUUACGCCAAUGAAUACGCCCAUAGAAAUUAAUUCGGCUUACACAGUGGAUAGCUGGUAUUCACAACCAUCGACGUCGAAAGCAGGUCACUCUGGGUGGUUUUUGCACCCUCAGAAGGAUGAAAAGACUGCGGAUGAGAGUGAAAUACCGAGAGGUGAUGAGACAUUCAAGAAAACCACCGGAAAUGAGACAUUUGAGGUACUCCCAGGAGAAUAUGAGGAUGAUGACGAUGAAGAGGAAAAUGCGAAAAAUCUCGAUGUGACAUUUGAUGCACUACGGCGUCAACUUGAACAAGUUCUCCCAUAUGCCCAAGGAAUAGUGAAUCCCAUCAAUUUUUCGGACGAGGAGGAGAAUUUUCAAGACAGCCCAGAAGUGUUUCCAGAUUUAGCCAUUGAGGGGGCGUCAAAUACACAGUCUACCAAGGAAAUUAUCAUCAAUUAUCAACGUCGGCCAACUCGACCACUGUCGCCAAUCGCUGAGGAGAGUGAAGAUGAGACCACGUGCAAGACAUUUAUAAUGAAUGAGGCGAAGUAUCAGGAUAGCACGAGUACAGGAUGCAUGGAGACUGGAGAAGCGAUUAUGGGUGUCACCAAGACUCUCAUGGCAUCAAAUGACACUUUGUUUAAUUUUGAGGAUACUUUGGGCGAUAGAGAUGAUCAAUUUUCUCCACUGGUGGAGAAGAGGAAUUUCCCAGUGGAUAUGAUAUCUCCAGCAGAGAAGUCGUCGGAGAAGAAAGGUGUAAACUUGGAACUUAAUCUUACUAAGAUGAUUGAAGUAAAUGACUUGUGUUCACCAGAGGCGGCAAAAACAUUCUCGGAAGACCACAUGUCAUCAGAUCAGGAUCCAGAUGGCACCUACACAACAAAUACAAUUGAGGGGGAAACUUGCAUCUCUGUGGCUGGUAUUGUGAGUACCACCUUUGUUGAGGACGACGAGAGAAUUUCCGAGAUAUCUGAACCCGACUGGAAUUCCGAUCUGACGUCGACAGAUGUGGUGGAGAAAGAUGGUCAAGAGGUGGAUAGAAAUAGUUUGUUGGAUGUUGAUGACAUUGUGGCUGAGGAGAUUGACAAUGUUUUGGAUAUUGUUUCGGUGAAUGGUGAGAGGAGGCCAUUGUCAGAAACUGAAAGUGACAAUGACACUGUGAAGGAGGAUGAAGAAUCCUCAGAAGCGUCUCCAGUGAAGAAAGAGGUGAAUGGGGGUGAUGAGAGUGAAGAUAAAGGAAAUGCUCCUUCGCACAAUUCUGAGAUAUUUCAGGCCAAAGAUACCAAUGUGAAAUCCAUAGCGCGCUAUGAGGGUAAUCAAAAGUCUCCGCCACCAACGGCCAGUGAAACUAAAAUUGAUGCCAAUCAUGUAACUCUCGCAGCGGAUGUAUUGGUGAAAGAUUUGACUAAGAAGUUCUGGAGUGAGUCGGCGCCAAUAAUCUAUAACAAACACCAUCCGAUUUCUAACUACAAUAUCUACGAAAUUGCUGACUACGAUGGACUCGGUGAGGAGAGCGGAGUGAUAAUUUCAGAAGGUCAGUGCCUGUCUGGUGAGGAAGACCCGUGGUCCUCACCUGUGAUGAGUCAGAAUGCACUCACAGACAUUCGAUAUACUGUACCAGCAUGCGAGAUGAUGUCUACCUCUUUUAAUGGGGACGAGUGGGACAGCGAGGGUAAUGUUGAUGAGGAUGACAGCAGCGAAGAGUUUAUGUAUCUGAAGGGUCUCAGUGCAGCAGAAACAGAGAAGAUGUACGAGAAAGAGGUAGAAAAGGAGCAGUCAUCUCUCAAUGGACCUUGCGAAUCUGAUAUUUGGACGUCACACAAAGAUAAAGUACCUGUGCACAGAAGUUCAGAUAAUCCCGAUUCACCACCAAUGAACUCUGAAGAUUGUUCAUCGGAUGUUGAAGGUGAAUUCAUUCCCUCUUGUUGGGACUCAAUGGCUCUUCCUGUACGAUCAGCAAUGAAAAGCCCCGACAAAUCGAGCAGUGAAGAUGAUUCAUUCGGUGGGAAGAAUCAAAGGAAUGUGAUAUUCAAAGUGCAGAUGUACCACUCAGUCUACGAGUACCCUCGUGAAGUCGUGCCAUUAUCACCAGCAUACAGCGAGCCAAAAGUUUGGAAUCAUCAUCGAGAAGAUUUUCAAUCAACAAAGUUCAAUGCAGAAGCAAUCGAUUUAGAUGGAUUUAUGGUGUCAAGUUCAACUCGCCCCUUCCACAACAGCCAGUUUCAGGCUCAGUGUAAUACCUGGCCGAGUGAUUCAGACUUCUCAUGGUCACAAUUGCAGGAUGGCGAGGACGAAGAUGUCAAGUAUUCCAAUUAUUCAUCAAUGCCCGUGGAUUGGCCAAAAAGUCUCAGUGACUUGUCGCGACAGGAGGAGAAUCUGAGGGGGUGUGAUCAUGCGACUGAACUUAAAGAUAGCGAUGUUAUUUCUAGCGAAUUGCGUGAGUCAACAUCUCUGGGUGAUUUAUGCCAUCAGAAGUCACUCUUGCGACUUCCACUGUCAACUGUGAAUAUGUCAAGUGUGGGUGAAGAGGAAGAGAAGGUGGAGAAGCAUGCCGAAAGUGUGGAGCCAAAGGUGGAAGAAGCUGAUAACUUUAUCCUACCAACACCCUCAUGCACAGGCUCCAUGGAUUCCUUGAGCUCGAGUUCCGGAUCAGAUCGAGCAGUGAGUUUUAACACUUUUGGCAAGACAAACCAGUCGGAGAGUUUUGAAGACUCACUGACAAGCAGUCGAGAUGGUAGUGGGGAUGGAUGUAAUCCAUCUGAGGUUGAGAUCACCAUUGAUCGCGAGGAUCUUGUCAAUGAAGUGGAGAGGAGAAUCCAGAAACUGAAUCAUGAGCGAUCGACAAGAAUUAGCGACAGUACCGAUGAAGAUUCUGGUAUUGAAUCCGUUUCACGAGUCAUCAAGUAGAAAUGAUAAGGAGGAUGAAUAUGAAUUAACGUUUAUCUCCUGUGUCCAAUUGUCCAAACUGUAGGUAGAUUUAUCAUCCACGAACUGUCAAUACCCAUAAGGGGGUUUUGUGUUUUGAACAAAUGUUUAUUCUUUACUAAAUUACUUUUUGGGAAAUGAAAGAGAAAUAAUGAGUUCUGUUUGGCUGUAGUAAAGGGUAAAUAUUCUGUGAUAAUACAGUUUAAUGUGUUACUUGUAAAUAUUCCUUUAAUACUUAUACUUUUGAUUAUGUAUUCUAUUGAAAUCACAAAAAUUAAUCCGUUUAUAAGAAUUCUUUUCUCUGUGUUACUGACGGAAAAAAAAGAAAGGAAGACAAUAUUCUUGCACAAUAUUUGUUCAAAUGUAUAGCAACUGCAAGUAUUUAAAUUAGUUACUCUUACAUUUUCUUAUCAUGCACGUAAGUGCAUUAUAUUAAUUUGUUUGUUUUUGAUAGCCGAACAGAAGAAAUUCAGAAGUAUGUGAGGAAGAAGAAAAUAUAUGAAAGGAACUAAUUUAUAGAGUUUUUCGUUGAUUCAGAAUCACAUUGUUCAAUGUUGUGGUUAUUUUAUUUGAAUUAUUAUAAAACAAAUUACUGUACUUAAAUAACCAAAGGAAUUUCUAAUGAAUUCUUCAACAAGUGACGGUAUAAAAUCUCGUAGAGGGAAAUGUAAGCAGUUCAACAAGUGUUUUGCGCAAUGAUAUUUUAUAAGACAGUAAAUCCAAUGCGACCAAAUUGAUAUUAAAUCUUAUACAUCACAACAUUUCUGAAACAUACUACAUACAAAUUAUUCCAAUAAUUUAAAGUCAAGUCCUAAAUAUUCAUUCAUUAACAUUGUGUCAGGAGAAUGGAAUAUGUAGUAUCUAGUUUGUAGAAAAGGAAGAAAAUAGUUUGGGAUGAAAGAAACUCGCGAGCUUUGUUUCUAUAGCUCAGUGGGUCUCAGAUGGACUAUAAGAGGAUGAUAAAAAUUGUCUGGCUAUGAGGUAGCAGUGAGUAUAUUACAAUUUCUACAUUAAUAUUAUACUGUACAAUAUAAGAAAUUAGAAUAAUAAAGAAGUAAUAGUC